CAACCUCCGUUAAGGUUGACGAAGUUAGUGGAAUCGCGGGCACGUUUGCUUCGGGGACUGGACGUAGGCAUUAGGCCGAACCAAUAUACAUUGUGUGUUGCUCCUCUUCUUUUUUGUGCUCUUGUGGUUGAUAUAAUCCUUCGAAUUCUUGUUUAAUCUUCCAAGAGUUUUGAUUUUUUGAAGAACACCUCUAUUCACACCCCCUCUAGAGGUGCGUAAGUUGUUCAACAAUUGGUAUCAGAGCAAGGCUGCAUUUCCAAAGCUUUACCGCCGGAAAUCUAGAUCAUGACCGGAAGAACAUUUCAAGCCGGUGUAUCCGAAGGACAAUCUACUACACGUCCUCCAUUCUUUGAUGGUACAAAAUAUGCAUAUUGGAAGGAAAGAAUGAGGAUAUUUAUACAAUCAAAUGACUUCGACUCGUGGAUGGUAAUCAAGCAUGGAAACACUACUCCUGCAAAUAUUGUUGAUGGAAUUCGUGUUCCCAAGUUGGAAUCCGAAUAUGAUGAUCAAGACAAGAAGAACAUCAUGCAAAAUGCCAAAGCCAUCAACUAUCUUUAUUGUGCGGUCAACCCUGAUGAUUAUAGGAAGAUAUCAAGAUGCAAAUCCGCCAAUGAGAUGUGGACUAAACUCGAAGUUACUUAUGAAGGUACAUCUCAAGUUAAAGAUGCUAAAGUUGAUAUCUUAUUGCAUGAAUAUGAAUUAUUCUCAAUGAAGGAGAAUGAAAGCAUUGAUAGUUAUUUUGAGAGAUUCUCUACAAUCAUCAACAAUCUUGACACGCAAGGAAAGUAUUACACCGAUCAUGAGCUUGUCCGGAAAAUUCUACGUUACAAAAGGAGGAAAUCUAUAGCAUUGAAAGCCACCAAGGAAGUUGUAGAGGAAAAUGAAGAAGAUGAUGAUGAAUCACUUAAUUCAGAAGAUAAUCCCGAACUUGCUCUUGUCAUCAAACGCUUCAACAAGUUUAUAAAGAAAAGCUUCAAGCCAAGGAGAGACAAUGGCAAGAAAGCUACACCACCUAAAUGUUAUGAAUGUGGUGAGAUAGGGCACAUCAAGCCUUAUUGUCCUAAGUUGAAGCAAGGGAAGGAUAAGAAGUUCAAGAAGAAGCAAAAAGCAUACAUCUCAUGGGAGAAUGACCAUUCAUCUUCCGAAACAAGUGAUGAGGACGAAGAAAUACCAAAUCUUUGUCUAAUGGCUACCGAGGAAGAGGUAUCUUCUAAUUCUUUUUCAACUCCCUUAUCAUCUUCAAGUGAUUGCUUUUCAUUGGAUGAUUUACAUAGUGCAUUUAGUGAUCUCUAUGGUUCACUUGAGAAAAUGAAUCUUGAAGAAGGUGAAUCUAGUAAGACAAAAUCUGAAAAACAAGAAGAUGUUGGAGAAAAAGUUGAGGACAAAAAGGAUGAGCAUAUUGCAAAUGAGUUACCACCCGAAUGGAGAACUUCAAGAUAUCAUCCUUUAGACAACGUGAUUGGUGAAAUCUCCAAAGGGGCUGAAAUCUCUACUGCAAAGGUUUCUACAAAUUUUCGGUACACUUUUGAUGAAAGGCUAUGUUGGGAAGAAAUGGGUUUUCAACCUCAGCUCAAUGAUUCGGGCAGGCCAAUGGUUAGUGGGAUGCAGCCCCCUCAACGCUUGCUUCAGUACAUUUCUUCUUACAUCUUGCGGGGUCGAGUUGGAAAUCAUCCCCAAAUGAGCAAAGACGAUUCUAUGCUCAUUUAUGCAAUUCUUAAACCUGUCAAAGUCAAUUGGGGUAAGUACAUUAUGAGUUAUAUGGAUCAUUGUCGUGCCAGCGCGAGAGCUCUACCCUAUCCCAUUCUUCUUACAUUCUUGUUGAAGAAAAAGGGAUUUGUUUUUGCCAAUGAGGAUAUGACACCUGAGACACCGUUUUGGAGGAUCAAACGAGAAACUGUGAUGCGGGCUAUGCAUGAUACAAAUGACGAGAAUCAUGCGAGUUCUGGGCCAUCCGAACGCCAGUUUGCCUUGUCUAGUGUAAAGGUGAAUGGUCUCUACAAUGGUGCACCGUCAAUCAUUUUUUCAGCAGCGGAAGAAGAGGUUCUGGCCGGAAAGUUCAGCAGAACCCUCAUCGGAAGGAGCAAAGAAAGGAUCUCACUCUCAGCUUUGGAAGACUUCCUGAUCAGAGGUGGCUUCAAAGAGUUCAAACUGCGGCGACCGGGUAACUUCGAGGUCCUGUUCAUAUUCAUACAGGAAGAUAACUACCAGAGGUGGUUCUACAGGAGAAGAUGGAACAUCCAGGGAAUUCUUAUCACCAUUUGCAAAUGGUCCCCAAAUCAUUCCCCCAAUCAUGACAACCCUAUUUUUCCGGUUUGGGUUGAGGUCUCCCAUGUUCCGGUCCACCUCAAUGAUCAUAGAGCUCUCUUCACCAUUGCAUCCUCCUUUGGUCGUCCUAUCAAACUGGAUGCCAAAACGGUCAUUGGAGCUACGCCAGAGAGGGGUUAUUACGGCCCGCCUUCUUUCUACCAAUCACCCAACCACCCUCCGUUUCAAACCCAUCCACCUUAUCACCCACAUCAGAACCCAUAUGAUGAUGACUACCAAGUCAACAAUGGGUCUGACUACUAUCCCUACCAUGAGGAACCACCAUAUGAUACCCCAUCUAGGAAUUUUAGAUAUUCUCCAUACCAAGACUUUGAUGGGGAUGAUUAUUAUGAACCUCAUGGUGAUCACAAUGACUAUGACCAGAAUGGGCCUAUGUACGAAGACCGACCUGAUCCGCUCGUCGAAGAAAUAAUAAGAUUAGAACAGAAAAUCUUCCAUUUCGAUGAAGUUUUAUUCGCUGAAGGAUCCUGGUACGAACCACCCUACUCCCGUGACUACACUCUGUUUGCUGAAGAACAAAUUGAAGCAAACAAGGUUGCAAUUCGAGAAAGAGCAAAACUUCUUGAAUCAGUCCGGAAGGAAAAGGAGUUCGAAAGGAGAUUAUGUGAAGGAUCAACGUUGAUGCAAAAAAUGCUAGACGACUUUCAAAGAGAGAGACUAGAAGUUGAGGCAAAAGCCGAUAAAUUAGUCAAUGAUCUCUGUAAGGCUGUUGAACUUAAACGCUCCCUCCAAUCUCAAGAUCAAAUGAGGGAGAUUAAUGUUCAAAAAGAGGCUCUAGAACCUAAGACCAACCCUGAACCCAUCAACCAACAGGUUCCAGUUCUAGAAGAUUCACCUAGUCCCAAACAAUCACAGAAACCCGAGAGCAUAACAACUCUCUCUAGGGCUACUGUGGUGAUGUUACCUAAAUCCCUUCCUAGCCAAGUCCCUGCCAACAUAGUCGUACAUGAGGUGGAACCAACUGAGGGACCUGACUCAGAACCAUCUAUGGUUAUUCAAGAAGAAGAGAAGGAGGAGGAAGUUUUGCCUAUGGCAAUAAACGACCAUCUCCUUAAUUGUGUUGAAGACACACCUGUUCUGGAGGAAAUAGAGCCCACUACAUUUUCCCAAGAUUCUAAUGCCCAAGAGUUCGAGGAGGAAUCUAUAGAUGAGGAAAUACUUUGCACUGAUGAACCAAUUCCAUCUAUAGAAACCUGUGCAAAUAAUGCCUCAUCAGCAGAUUCAGACCAAACUUUAUUUGACUCCUUACCUGACAAGUGUAACCUUAUUUUCCCGGAGAAUAGUUGGAGCCAAAGGAGUUGGGAUGAACUUCUGGUAAGUGGUAUUAAGGACUCUUCCAUGGGGGAAAUCACAGUCAUAAUCAUUGAACCACAAAUUGAUAGUCAGCCCAUUGAAUACAAGGAAGAAAUCAAUCUUCCUAAGAAGGCCAAUGAUGUGGAUCAACUAAGGAGACAUCCGCCACCACCCACCUAUCUAGAGUCUCCUCCUUUUAUCAUGUUGCCACCAAGCUACAGGAAUGAGUCAAGGAUCCUGGACCUUGACCGAGGAAAAAUUCAAACAGGGUGGCAUCAGAAGAGAGUCAGAAGGGCCAAACUUUAUGACUCUCGUAUCGGAAAGUCACGGAAAAAGUGGAUACCUCAUCGUCCUUCUUACCCUACUGUGGACCGCAAUGAGGUCCAACUGAUUGAUGCUGCUUCUAGGACGAGGUUCGAUGAGUGGGGACACUCGCGAGUGCUACACGAGUCGAUGACUCAUACCUUGAUCACUGCUGAUACUACAUUUGCCUUCACUCUUGCGGGCCGGUCAUUCCAGUUGACAGUGAGAGAGAUGGUUGUUCGUCUCGGGCUCUACACCCAGGAGGAGACCGAGCAGCCUGAGUUCUACGACGAUCCCUUUUGUCUUCCCGCAGAUUUUGACGCGGUAGCUUUCUGGAGGGAGCACUCAUCUGAUGACAAGGAGUUCAUCAACAAGAAGAGUAAAGCGCGAUACUGGAUUUGGCCCAGCUGGAGGAUCCUAUCUUUUGUUCUUUCGACGUCCUUCUUUGGGAGGCCGUCGAACACUGAUAGGGUCUACAAGGAGGAUAUGUUUGUUUUCUGGAGCUUGCACGACCGCGAGUCGGUGAACGUGGCGGUGUACCUCGCCAGAUUCUUAUACUCCCAGUCCUACGGGUGUAAGAUAUGUACUAAUAUCACUCUUAUUCCCGAAGUGGAGGGAGCUAGAGAAAUUGGUGACUACAGACCUAUUGCUCUAUCUACCUUUUUUAGUAAGAUGUUGUCCAUGAUUGUGGCUAACAGACUUGGCCCUAUGCUGAAUAAAAUAAUCUCUCCUGAGCAUGCUGGUUUUCAAAAAGGGAAAGGUAUUGAGGAGCAUAUCCUCCUAACCAAUGAAUUGAUGCACAAACUAGACUCUAAGGUUAGGGGAGGUAAUGUUAUGAUUAAGCUGGACAUGGCCAAAGCCUUUGACAAGAUCUCUUGGAACUACCUUCAGGCCAUCCUUCAAGCUUUUGGGUUUAAUGAACAAAGCAUCUCUCUCCUUCUCCAAAACUUAAGGGCAACUUACAUGUCUGUUUUGGUGAAUGGGAAACCCAAUGGGUUCUUUAAAAUCAAGAGGGGAGUCAAGCAAGGUGAUCCUCUUUCCCCUCUCUUGUUUAUCAUAGGAUCUGAGGGUUUUGCAAGGAGCUUAAAUCAUGCCAUCAAUUCUGGAUACAUCUCCCCUUACAAGGUGGGAAAGAAUAGAGUGGUAUCCCAUCUUGCUUUUGUAGAUGAUCUUAUUAUCUUUCUUAAGGGAGACCUUGGGAAUAUCCUAAGAUUUAGACACCUUCUGGAUAGCUAUCUUAAGGCUUCAGGACAAGAGGUUAAUAAAAAGAAAAGCAGGAUAUUCUGCAAGAAAGGGAGCAGAUGCUUAUAUACUAGCAAGAUGAAAGAUACUUUAGGGUUCAAGGUGGGAAACCCUCCUUUCAAAUACUUGGGUUCUACUAUCACUCAGGGUAAACUAAAAAAAGACUCACUGUGAUCACAUUCUUCACCAUUUUGAUGCUUAUAUCAACAAUUGGUAUAGUUCUACGCUAUCAACUUGUAAUAGAUUACGGUUUCUAUGAAUUUUAAAAACAGUUCUACGCUAUAUAAAUAUACUCCUGAUAGAAGAGAGUCUUCUAUUCUUAUAAUAAACAACUAUGCAAAAAAACCGUAUGAAACAUACAACUAACAAUAGAUUACUAUUUCUUAUAAGUUUAAAAACAGUUAUAAACUAAAAAAACGAGACUACUGUUAAGAAAUAGUAGUCUUAACU